AUGUCGUUUUGUCGUAUAACGGGAAAAUCCCGAGGGUUACCAAAGCCUAAUUAUUUUCCCAUUUUACCACCCAUUUCACCGGCUGAUGCUAAAAGACUUUGUAGGAUAACAAAUAAAUCUCAAGGUCUUCCCAGUCAUCAUUACAUACCUGCUCUCGCUGCGGCAAUAAAUUUGCGAACGCAUUGCAAAGUGACAGCCAAAUCCGAAGGACAGGGUCCACAUCAUUAUCCCAAUAUGGAUGACAUAUGUAAACCUCACGUUUUGAUACCUGGUUACAAAUACCUUUUCCCGAAAUUUGACGAAGAUGAAAAAAAUCAAAAAUCUUUACUUAAACUCAUGUCCUUGAAGGAUAGCAAUGAUAGUUCUAACAUACGUUACGUGUAUUGCGUCGAAGAAAAGAAAACGAAUUUGGUUAUUCCCGCUGGACUUGAGGCUGCGGUCAGAGAUGGUGACGUACGAGAUGUUAUGUUGGGACAAGAAGGUGAUACGAUAUUGAUAAAAAUGUAUCACGGGCCUAAUGUGACGGUGAACGUUGAUAAUUUUAUUAUGAAUAAAGACACGGUCAUGUUUGAUGGAAUGGGUCCCAGUGAAGAAGUUCUUGCACGACAAAUGGCUGAAAAAAAAGAAAAAGAUGAAAGGAAAGCGAAAAAUAUCGAAGCGCUUAAAUCUAGGAAGAAAAUUUUCGAAGAUCGAGAAAAAUUGUACGAUAAAGAAGACAUGGAAAAUGCAAAUAUUGAGGAAAGAAGAAAAGCAAAAUUAUUGCAAUCGAAACUUCUAGAAAAGGAAAGGUUGAAGAAUCGCAUGCAUAAUUUAAGUUAUAUUAAAGAACAAAUGCUUUCGGAUACCGAAGCGUGUGAUCCUGUUUUCGGUCACAUUGUCCAGACUUCUGAAUCUUUUUCAUUUUAUCCUGGAGCGUCCAUCGUUGACCUACCCGAGGGUAAAAUAAUACCCGGAAGAUUAGAAAAAAAAGACAACGGUGUUAAAUUUGUACCGGGUAUGAUGUUUGAAGAAAAAUUCGUUCCUGGACAAAUGGUCGUCACUAAUAACGGGGAAGAAUUCGUACCUGGACAAGUCAUCGAAACUCGCGAAGGACCUAAAUUCGUACCCGGACAAAUGGUCGAAACAUCAACGGGCCCGAAAUUCGUACCAGGUCAAACGAUAAUGACUGAAAACGGUCCGGAAUUCGUACCUGGACAAAUAAUACAAACUAAAGCGGGACCGACUUUUAUUCCCGGACAAAUUAUUGUUACGGGUCACGAAGCCAAGUUCGUUCCUGGAAGAGUUAUAGAAACCGUAGACGGUCCUUGUUUCGUACCUGGAAGAGUAAUUGAAACGGGAGAUCAAGUCAUAUUUGUUUCCGGGCAAGUAGUGGAAACACCGGAAGGUUUAAGAUUCGUAGCUUCAGAUUUAGAAAAUGCAACUGAUGGAGUACAAGAAUACUCGGUGCAAGGGUUCGAAGUAACUCCGGAAGAACUAAAAUUACUUCGUCCGACAUAUGGUCACUUCGCUUGCGAUUCUACGGCAUCUAUUAAUUCUGAAAUGCUUAGACAAUUAUCGGAAGCUGGCAUGUCCCUUGGUCGACAAAUAAGUUCAGAACUUCCAAGAGUGGACGUUCGUUCCCUACCUUUAGCUUUAGAAAAAUUGAACCUGAGCGGAGAACCUGCAGCCAAAAUGACUCAAAUAGUAUGGUCAUUAGCACAAAUCGCAUUAAAAGUGAAUCAACUGGAUGAAUCUUGCACUUCUUCCGUUAAUUUAAAUGACGUGGGAGUAGAAUUGGUAAAAAAAGUUGAAGAAAGUAAAAAUUUAGAAAAAUAUUUACGGGUUAUAGUCGCAUCGUCAUUGAUCGAAUGUCGAAAACACGAAAAUUUGACCGAAGAAGAAUUAAUGGUAGCAGUUUCAUUAGCUCUGGAGAAUACUUUGAAAGAAGCAAGUACCUUAGAUGACGUAUCGAUAGAAAAAGUUAUAGAAAGUGUUAAUAGUUAUUUAAAAUCUCCGGAAAAUUUAAAUCAAAUAAGACUAGAAGUAUUAAAUUAUUUAGAAAUUUGUGAAACAUUAGAAGAUCAAAUUAAAUUUGUGACCGAUGUUAAUUCCGAACCUAAUAAAGUAAUUAAAAAAAUAUCGAAAAUAUUAAACGAAAACAUGUCGGAAGGUUUUAAUGAAUUAUUUUCAAACGAUUCUAAUCUCGUGGCGGAAGUCAUAAAACAAAUUAGUCAAACACAGGAAGUCACGUCAAAAUCACAAUUAGAAAACAUUCUUCAAAAUGCUAUAGUGUCGGUUGUAAAAGAAAAAACAGAAAAAAAAUUAAUAAAUGUUUUAUCUAGUAGAAAAGCCAUAGGUCUAGCAAAAGCUUUGGGAAUGAGUAACACCGCAAGUAAACUCAUGGUCGCUGCAACAAAUCCUGCCGUUAUUGAAAUGUUAUGCAACGAUAGUUCAGUUAAAGCCAUUUUGCAAAAAUUAAUGGUUAUGCAUCAGAUAGCAAAAGCAAAACCAAAAUUUGCCAACGCGUUGAAAAAAUUAACGGUCAAUUCGGAAGCGGCGAAAAGCGAUUCGUCAGUUAGGGAACUAUUAAGGUGUAGCACGGCACUUAUGGCAGUACCACAAAAAAAUUUGGAAUCUUCGGCGGAAAUACCAUUAUCUCUCCUACUAUCAAGUAAUAAUUUAGCCAUCGAAGAUUAUUUAUCGAACACGAAAAGACCUAAAAUAUUAUUGAUAUUAAAAUCAGGUCUUCAAGCAGUGGUACCUAGAGAAGCAGCUCGUGCAGUUUUGACCGGUAAGGUUCCGUAUGCGGUCAUGGACGAAAAGGGAAUAAAAUAUUUCGAACCUCUUCACGUAUUUUCCACAAUGAAACUUCCUAAAUAUGCUGCCCGUUGUUUCACCAUGUAUUGCUGCCCGGAAAUAGAUUAUCGAGUACAAGAACCUAAAAUUAAUUUAAACGGUAUAACUCCAACUUCAGAAGAAUAUUAA